AUGGAUUCAACACGUACAAUCUCAGAACUGAAAUCCACAUUUAUCUGGAAUCAGGUCCGCAUUCUUUCAGAAAACCUCGAACCACCAGAGGACUGGCGUAAAUAUGCAGUGGGGACUGAAGAGGAGGCCUUGCCUGAAAAGGUGAUUGAAGAUGUAUUGCACAAAGCGAAUGCGGCAGCAAAGCAACACAAUCGUAUUGUCUACUCAUCCCAAGCAAUCCAUCAUGUCGCCCACCAAAUUGCCAGUCUAUACUGGACCGCCGUUAGUCAUGAAGUCAAAAGUCAAGCUGGGUUUGCAAAGGGAGUCGAGAAGACUGCAGAUCUCUCAAAACAUAUGAACAUUGUCAAUUUGCCUUUGGAUCUAGAAUCGCAGGAUGCCAAUGAUGAACAGAAUACACGAUACCAGAAUCUUCGGGAACGACUGGCCAGUCUAGAUCAACAGCGCCAGCGGAGACAGCGGCGGCUCGAUCAGCUUCAGCAUCUGCAUCGUUUGCUCGAGCCUUUUGGCAACCCUCAGACAGAUAUUCAGCCAAAUCUGGUCACUCGCGAUGGAGACCUGGCCCAGGAACUGGAACGGAUGCGUAUGCUGGUGGCGCGAGUUGGCGGUAGGAUAUCACAGCAGGAACAUAGGAAACGCGUCCAAGGCGAAGAGCAAUAUUUACUGCCAGGAUCCGAGCAAAAACUGGAAGCCCUUAUGGACCUGGAU